CUUCACAAUCGGCCAUUUCGUCGGUGCAGGCCAUCAGCCGUUAAGGGCAGCAGGGAAACAUCGUGUAAUACUGGUUACCUGAAAGGCACAUCAAGAACAUCGCAACAUGAGUGAACAAGCUAUUUCAUUUGCUAAGGAUUUCUUGGCUGGCGGCAUCUCCGCUGCCAUUUCCAAAACAGCCGUCGCCCCAAUCGAAAGAGUGAAGCUUCUCCUUCAGGUCCAGCAUGCCAGCAAACAGAUCACUGCUGACAUGCAGUAUAAAGGCAUCAUGGACUGCGUCGUCCGUAUCCCCAAGGAGCAGGGGUUCCUGUCCUUCUGGAGAGGAAACCUUGCCAAUGUCAUAAGAUAUUUCCCCACCCAGGCCCUCAACUUUGCCUUUAAAGACAAGUACAAGAAGGUCUUCUUGGAUGGUGUCGACAAGCGCACCCAGUUCUGGAGGUACUUUGCUGGUAACCUUGCCUCCGGAGGAGCCGCCGGAGCCACCUCACUCUGCUUUGUGUACCCUCUCGAUUUCGCCCGUACCCGUCUGGCGGCUGACGUGGGAAAAGCUGGAGCCGAGAGAGAAUUCAAGGGUCUGGGUGACUGUCUGGUAAAGAUCUCAAAGUCAGAUGGCAUAAAGGGCUUGUACCAGGGCUUCAACGUGUCUGUGCAGGGCAUUAUCAUCUACAGGGCUGCAUACUUUGGCAUCUAUGACACAGCUAAGGGUAUGCUUCCAGACCCCAAGAACACCCACAUAUUGGUGAGCUGGAUGAUUGCACAGACUGUAACAGCUGUUGCUGGCCUGACCUCAUACCCCUUCGAUACUGUCCGUAGACGCAUGAUGAUGCAGUCUGGACGUAAAGGAGCUGACAUCAUGUACAGUGGGACCAUCGACUGCUGGCGCAAGAUUGCACGUGACGAGGGUGGCAAAGCUUUCUUCAAGGGGGCCUGGUCCAACGUGCUCAGAGGCAUGGGCGGCGCCUUCGUGCUGGUGUUGUACGAUGAGCUGAAGAAAGUCAUCUAAUUCUUGUCACAUCACUGUCCAAUUUGGCUAAAUGUAUUAAUUUUCCAUUUCUAUGGACUGCAUUCUGCCUUAUUUAUGGGAACAACUAGCAUCUCACGAACUAGCUGUGAGGUGGCUGUAUGUUGUGCAUCUUUGAUUUUAAAACGUUCCACACCCUCUUUACCAAUGUCAUUCCAGAUAUAAAAAGAAAAUUAUAAAUACCUCCUUGUGUCAUUCACUAGGUUUGUAUGGUCCCAACUUGAAUAAAUCUGUCCUGGGGAACAACCUUAA